GUAAAACCAUCGAAGAGAUUAGUUAUAUUUCUUUUAGGUGGAUUUUUUUUUUGUUUUUGUGUAAAAAAAAAUUUUUUUUUCCUUACUUUUUUAAUUUUUUUCCCCCCAAAACGCAAAACUAAAAUAAAUGAAAAAUUAAAGUCUUACACUAAAAAUCAAUUGAAAAUUUUAAUAAAAUUCCAACAGUUCUGGAAAAAAACCGUGCGCUUAAACUUUCCCUUCUCUGUUUGCAUACACACUUAAAGCGAAUUGACAAAAAAAUAAAAAAAUUCACUUAAAUUUUUAUUAUUCACUCGCCGCCAUCACAAUUGAAAUUUUUACUUUUUAGAAAAAGAAAUUUUUUUUUUAAUUUUUAUUUAAAAGAAAGUGAAAACCUAAAUUAAAUUAAAUAAAAAAAUUAAGAAAGAAAAAAAACAAAAAAAAAAUAUUAUAAGUACUUAAAAUUUGUCAAGUAUAAAGGAAAGAAGGAGAAGAAUAAGGAUAGAAAGAGAGAAGACUAAAUAAAAAUAACGGCAAAGCAAUCAACAACAGAAGCAAAAUUCGAUUAAAAAAGAAAAACGAGUUGAAAUUUUUUGUUUUUUUUUUUGUUUUUUUAACUUUAAUAAAGUUUAUAUAAUGAAGAAAUUCGUGAUUUGUGCCAUUGCAGCCGCAUUACUUGUCGUGACAACAAAUGCCCAAAAAGCCUUUACUUGUCCAGAAGCAAACGGUCAAUUUGAGGAUCCAGUACAAUGUGAUAAAUAUUAUGAAUGUAAAGAUGGAGUAGCACAUGAAAAACUGUGUCCAGAUGGUUUAGUAUUCGAUGAAUCAAUUAGAAAAGUAAACAAAUGUGAUCAACCAUUCAAUAUUGAUUGUGGUGAUAGAACAGAACUUCAACCACCAAAAUCAAAUGCUUUAUGUCCAAGACGUAAUGGUUUCUUUGCUCAUCCAGAUGCAACAGUAUGCAAUAUUUUCUAUAACUGUAUUGAUGGUGAUGCUAUCGAAAAUAAAUGUACAGCUGGAUUACAUUUCGAUGAAUAUUCUGGUACAUGUGUUUGGCCAGAUUCCGCAAAACGUGAAGGUUGCCAAGAAACAGGAAAAAAAUUGAGUGAUGGUUUUGAGUGUCCCAAAAGUGCUCCAUUAGAUCCAUCAGGUCAAGCAGUAGCUCAUCCGAAAUUCCCGCAUCCAACCGAUUGUCAAAAAUUCUAUGUGUGCUUAAAUGGUGUUGAACCACGUGAUUUAGGUUGUCAAGUUAGUGAAGUAUAUAAUGAAGAAACACAACGCUGUGAUGCACCUGAAAAUGUACGGGGUUGUGAAGAUUGGUAUAAGGAGGCUGAUGAGAAAAAGAAUUAAGAAUCUUUAAUUUUUUUUUUUUUGUGUUUCUAUUAUUCCUUUUUUUGUAAAAUUUUUAUUUUGUUAUAAUUUAGAAGUGAAAUGAUAAAAAUAUAUUUUAAGAUUAUUUUUUAAAAUAUUCUUAAAAUAAUAACUAAAAAUAUUUUUAAUAAUUUUAUAUAGUUAUGAUGAUGAUAAAAACUUCAUUCAGCUGUGAAAAAUUUUAAUUAUUAUUAAGUUUUUUUUUUUUCAAAAAAAAUUUUUUUUCUUCUAAUAAUUAAUUAUUUGAUUUUAAUUUUUUUAUUUUUUACACAUAAUGUGCAAUAGUUUAUACAUAUAGACUACAGCAAUUAUUAAGUCUCAAGUGAAUUUGUUUUUAUUUUUAAUUAUUUAAAAUUUUAUUAAUUUAAAUAAUUUUUUGAAAUAUUAAGUAGAAUGCUAUUAAAUUUGUAUUGGAAUUUUUUAAUAUUUCAAAAUUAGAAAUUAUUUUAAAAUACUUUUUACUUGAUUCUUACAUUUUUUAAAACUCAAUCAGCGACUCAUUUAAUUAAUUUCAGAAUAAAAUGCUCAAUAAAAUAAUUGUGCUUUGUUAACACAUUGUAACAAGCGGUAACAAAUAACUCACCAUUAUUUUAACAAUAUAUAUAUAUAUAUU